AUGACUUCUGAUUCAAAUCAAAAUGCUGCUAUAGCUGACACUACAGUUCAUGCCAAUAUCACUAAUGGUUCAAUGAAUGGGUCCUCCUUCUUCUACGAAGGUGAUUGGGAAGUGUAUGAUCCUCAUAGCAACUUGGUGUUGGUCUGUUUUUCUUGGGGCAUUGAAGAAAAUAAAUUUAUGCUUAAAGAUCUAUCAUUUGCUGCCAAUAAGCCAACAAUUCAAUCUGCCAUUGUGCUUACAUCUACUGCUCCCGGUGUUAUUGAGGGGAUAUCAGAAAAUGUUCCAGUUGUUCCAGUCUUAGCUACCUCGAAUGGGACUAUUGCAAAAGAUAAAGCUAACAUCUACAUCAUAUCUGCUGUUUGGAGAUCGAAAUAUGAGAUUUCUCAAAGUGGGAAACUAAACAAAAUUAGUAGCACGUCGUCCAAAGACCAGACCGUUAUUGCUUAUGGUGCUUUUCAUGUUGAUAAUGUUGGGCGUUUGCCAUUUGGGUUUUACGAAAGCCGUCGCUACUUUGUCACCAAUGACGAUGAUUACUCGAAAUCAGUUGAUGUUGUUCCUAUUCCAACUUGA